AUGGCUCUUCGAGUGGAUUAUCUAGAGCCAUCAACAUCAGGAUGUAAUAGCAAAAAGUCAAAAGAAAAUUUGCAUGUUCCUCAUACGUUGUAUGAUCCGGUUCAACUACGUCAGUAUUCAGUGUUGAAUUUCCUCGGCAAGGGUGCUUACGGACGAUGUUAUGAGAUGAAAGAAUUAACGCAGUUACCCCAUGAUAAUACCACAAAUGUAGCUCUGAAAGUGAUUUCCAAGUCGACGCUUAGAGAUUUUGCGCAUAUCGAAAAAAUACGAAAAGAAGUAGCAAUUCAUAGUUCGCUCAAUCACGAUAACAUUAUCAAAUUGCUUAGUUUCUUUGAAGACAGUAUGAACAUCUAUAUGGUACUUGAACUUGGUGUUUAUGGCACUUUACUCAACAGCAUACAAUCAUCAAUGACGGGUCAUCUGAGUGAGUUAGUUGCUCGUUGUUAUAUGCGACAAAUCGUGGACGCUGUUUUAUAUAUUCAUGAAGUGGCCGGCAUUUUGCACAGAGAUCUCAAGCCUGGCAACAUACUCCUCGGUCACAAAAGUCGAGUACGUUACCCCAUAACUGAGAAAUGUUGUAUGAUGGUGCAAAAUACAACUUAUGAUAUAAGAAGACGUUUCCAGUUGUUAUUACAGGUGAAAUUGGCAGACUUUGGAUUAGCAGUGAAAAUAUCUGAUUUACCGAAAGUUUCUCAUGCGCUUUCAGGGACACCAAAUUACUUGUCGCCUGAGGUACUGGAUAAUUAUGGUCACUCGAAAGAGUCCGAAGCAUGGGCGCUUGGAUGUAUUUUCUAUUGCAUGGUGGUAGGUAAACCACCGUUUGAGACUGAAGAUUUAGAGGGAACGUAUGCACGGAUCCGAAGUUGCAGUUAUGUUAUUCCGACACAUGCUCGUAUCUCUGAACGUGCAUGUUCUCUGAUUCGUCGAUUACUCGAUCGUGAUGUCCGACGUCGAAUGAAAGUCACUGAAAUUAUGCAAUGCGAUUAUUUUUCGAAUGGAAAUUCAAUCAGCACGUCCAAUCCUUUGGGUUCUCCGAGCAGCAUUCAUAAUAAUGGAACAACAACACCAGAAGGCUACCAGGCAGGUAUACUGUCUCGAGAUUCCGGAUUGGAAUGUGAAAAUAUGCGUUCGCCAGAUCCGGGUGGCCCAUUGUUGUUAUUGAAUUUAUUCAUGUGUGGUGUUAUCAAUGGUAACAAACUCUUGAUAUUGCUUCUUUCAGUCACAAAUGAAUCAAGCACUAUCAUAAAAGAGAAUAUCAUAAUGGUAAAUAAAUGGGUUGAUUAUACAAACAAGUAUGGUUUCGGGUGUAUUCUGAGUGAUUAUACUGAAUGCAUGUUAUUUCUUGAUGGCUCUUCUUAUGCGCACAGGUCACAAAUCUAUGCUAUUUAUUCCAUACAUUUUGAAAGUAUUCACGAUCAAUCAGUUGUGUCUUUAAAGUUUGCGUCGCCAUACAAUAAAGAGUGUAUACAAAUGGUGCUUGAUCCUCUCGAGAGACAUUCAACGAUUUAUAGGUGGUCAUCAGUGGAUGAUAUACAAGAUCUUAAUGUUAUCCGGAAGAUGAAAAUUGCAGCUUUAUUAAGAUGUAUGCACCGUGAAUUACAAUCCGCAACAUCAUUCAUUGCAAUCACAUCUCAAAUCAAUCAUUUGGUCUAUCAAAAACGAGGUAAUGGUGUGCUUGUGAUGGUGCUCAGCGAUGGGACUACCCAGAUCAAUUUGUUGGAGACGCACGAGAAAUUGGUGCUGAGAAUGGAUGAGAACGACGAAAUCAGCGUUGUAGUGGUGAAUUCGAAGCAUGAAAUGCGGUCGUGUCGUAUGUGUGCGAAGGCACCGAUUCCAAGCAGUAUCGAAAAUCGUCGCAUUUAUGAUCUCAUCACCGAAGCUAGAUUUCGUCUCUUUGAUCACUGUACAGGUCCAUAUUACGUCACGGAAUGUUAA